GCAUCUCGUCUUUGUCAUCAUGGUUGCAUCUAGGAUAACAGAAGAACAGGUUAUUUGCCUUUCCUCUCUUCUCCUUCUUUCUCACUCUAAAUUGCAAGGUUGUAAACAAUCUAAGCGAAGGAAGGAUUGAGAAGAAUGCGACUGACGUGGGCCGAAGGGAGAUACGCCUUUUGUUUGCUGAUUCUGCAAAUAAAAUUAACAAACUCGCGGACAUCCUGGCGAUUAAAUGCCGCCGACAAAGUAGUGAAGACGACAGACUUUGUGAGUGCGAUUGAGGACGAUCCGAUCUUUGAUAUCCUCGCGAGUAGUGUAGUCACUGGCAAUGGCCAAAGUUGGAGCAAGACUGCGACGUCGGAAAAGCACGAGGAAGUGCAGAUAUACUGUCAAGAAUGUAAAGGUUUCACCAGUCAGGAAAGACGACUUUCGUCGUACGUGUUGAAGGAUACGCAAAAUAUCAGUGAGCCGUUUCCCUCGUCUUCGCAAGUGCCAAAUGAGCAAGCGACUUGCACUUCUGGUCAACAAUGCGACAACAUAAUACUGGAUUGUGGCAAGCCAGUGAACUUUACUUACUACGACAAUCUGAUCGGUGUAGCAAACAGGAAUAAGCACCCAUUGGUACCAGAACCCAAUGUGGCACUUAUGUUCAAGAAAAAUGGUGGCAAAACUGUUGACGUUGAUAUUGAUUUGCUGGAAAGGCGUUUGAAAAAAGCAAAGCGAGAGAAACCAAAAUCUGUCCAACUGUAUAAUCAGAUAGGAAAUUUCUGGCGUAUCAAGGGUGAUGCACAGAGAUCAAUUGAGUGCUUUCGUAGGGCACUUGCUGUAUCACCACAUAAUGCAGAGGUGCUCUUGAACUUGGCUAGAGUUUUGCUGGUACAGCAUUAUUUGGAUGACGCGACAUAUUUAGCUAGACGAUCUUUAGAAUUGCAGCCGCCAGAUCGCAAUGCGUGGGAACAGUAUCUUACACUUGGACAAAUAUUCAAAGCAUAUGGACAUUUUCAAGAAGCAGCUGUGCAUUUGCGUCACGCAUUGGAAUUAAAACCAGACCUUUCUGAUGCUGCUAAUGCAUUAAAGGAAGUCGAGUCACUGCCGGCUGCAAGUAUACAUAUCUAUACCUUGCUGAUUAUCAUCUGUUUGGUACUCGGUGUGCUCUUGGUUGUGUUGAGCAGUGUAGAAUGUGAUGAAGAUUCAACUCUAGUCAACGGACAGCUCCAACGUCCGGUACAACGACACUUCAGUCGUGCUAUGGCUAUGCGUAGCUUACGGCUCAAUGUCGCACGUAACAGACGCUGUUGAUGAUAAUGAUUAUGUUACUGAUGAAUCAGUCGUUUGUACAUGUGAUAGAAUAACUUUUCAUGCCAUAACGAUUUAUCUCUCCCAGCAAAAUAUUAUUUGUAAUAUGAUUCGUAAUAAUUCUUGGGAUGCACUAAUCGUUUAUUAUAUAUCUCUGGAGAAAAAUAUAUGAAGAAAUAUACAAGGAUCUCAUUACUGUUUCGUUUAAAACAGAGUUUUUUUUUAUCAAACACAAUCUCAAUAAAUUUAACUUCCAUUCAAUAUUUAUUCUUAUCUUUUUAACGUGUUUACAGAGAAUAAAAAAUAUGGAAUGUCAAUAUAUAUGUCAGGAUUACAAUGAUUCUCUUUCAGUUGCUAUCACAUACGUAAUACGAUAAAUCAUAACAAUUUUUUCAGUUAUCAUAUACAUGAAACUGGAAUAGAUACAAGUAAACUGUUAAUUAUUAGUUUUUUUCAUAUGUAUCAUUUUGUAAUACAAUUCUGUGUUUAUGAUAUAUUAAUACAUGGUUAAAGCUGAAUAUUAAUAUACAAGAUGUCCCAAGAAAGGCGUGAAAUACCAGCAGAACUCUAUUCUUAGAGCUCCUUAUAAUAGCUUCAACAAACAUCUUAAAGUAUGCUAGAAUUUUUAUACCAGUCCAAUUUUUAUCGCAUUUUGGAAGUUUGUUUUAUUAGGUAGAAAUAAUUUUUUGUUGAAAAGUUAUUUGUAUAUAAGUACAUAAGCUACAAGCAUUGUUCGCGCUAUGUUUACGCUUUAUGCACGCAU